GACUACAUCACAUCGGCAAACAUGCAACACAUUUAUUUUGCGAACAGAGGGAUUCUGUACCUGAAACAGUAUAUAAAACCUGCGCAUGUGAUCACCAAAUCUUGGUUAACCCCUUUUUUCCUCGUUUUGUCAUUUCUUCAAACGGAGUAGCCUACAGAAAACCAUGAUCUUGAACUACAGACUAACAUCAAGGAACUAAUUCAAAGAUAUUGAGACAGAAAGAAUAACUCACCAUGGCCAAUGAUGUUGACAGACAGACUGUGUUAAAGAUGAUAAAGGUACGAAAAAGUUGGAAAAAAGACGGAAGCUGGAUUCACAGCUCUCAAGUGGACCAAGAUGUGCAACAAACACGUAAGGCUCCAGUAAAUUUGUUUUCAGCUGAGGACAGUCCUGUUUCUCUUGCCACCCAGAGCCCUGCCUCUACUAGCCCUCCGUCCACUAGUUUAGAUUCAACCACACCUCAUCGAAGAUCUUAUAUUCAGUCAGCUAUACAAAAAUUUGAAGCUUUAGGCUCAACUGAAAACCCACCUGUCAAGAGUAAAACCUACCAGGACAAAAGUACACAUGCAGAUGAAGCACAGAAGACACCUGAAGAGAAAGAUGUCACACCAGUAGAAAAAGGAGUGGAUACACCGGCAGUCACUGCGUUAAAUGAAACGAAGACAACUUCAGAUAUUCCCGAAGAGGAAAAACUUGAAACAUUUAAAGCUGCAUCUGUAGAGAAAACAGUUGAAAUACUUGCUGGCGCACCUGUAGAGGACACAUUGGAGACAUCUAAAUGUACACUUGUAGAGAAAAGAGUAGAAACAUCUGCAAAGGAAGCACUGGAGAUGGUUUUGGUCCCAUCUGUACAUGAAGGAGUGAAGGCAUCUUCAGAUAUUUCAGUUAAGCAAGAAAUGAAAACACUGGAAACACCUUCAGUCACACCUGUAGAGAAAGCACUAGAAACACCUGUAGAAACACAUGUAAAGAAAGCACUAGAAGCACCUGCAGGCACACCUGUAGAGAAAGCACUUGAGACACCUGCAGUCACAUCUGUAAAGAAAGCACUAGAAACACCUGUAGAAAAACCUGUGGAGAAAGCACUUGAGACACCUGCAGUCACACCUGUAAAGAAAGCACUAGAAACACCUGUAGAAAAACCUGUGGAGAAAGCACUUGAGACACCUGCAGUCACACCUGUAAAGAAAGCACUAGAAACACCUGUAGAAACACCUGUAAAGAAAGCACUGGAAACACCAACAGGCACACCUGUAGAGAAAGCAGUCGAAACACCUACAGUGACACCUGUGAAGAAUGCACUGGAAACACUGGUAGAAACACCUGUAAAGAAAGCAGUGGAAACACAGACAGACACACCUGUAAAGAAAGCACUGGAAACACCUGAAGAAACACCUGUAAAGAAAGUUCUGGAAACACCUGCAGGCACGCAUGUAGAAAAAGCAGUGGAAACACAUGCAGACACACCUGUAGAGAAAGCACUGGAACCACCUGCAGUCACACCUGUAAAGAAAGCAGUGGAAACACAGACAGACACACCUGUAAAGAAAGCACUGGAAACACCUGAAGAAACACCUGUAAAGAAAGUUCUGGAAACACCUGCAGCCACGCAUGUAGAAAAAGCAGUGGAAGUACAUGCAGACACCACUGUAGAGAAAGCACUGGAACCACCUGCAGACACACCUGUAAAGAAAGCCGUGGAAACACCUGCAGACACUCCUGAAGAGAAAGCACUGGAAACACAUGCAGUCACACCUGUAAAGAAAGCAGUGGAAACACCUGCAGACACACAUGUAGAGAAAGCACUGGAAACUUCUGCAGUCACACCUGUAAAGAAAGCACUAGAAACACCUGUAAAGAAAGUGGUGGAAACACCUGUAGGCACACCUGUAGAGAAAGCACUGGAAACACCUGCAGCCACACCUGUAGAGAAAGCAGUGGAAACACCUGCAGGCACACCUGUAGAGAAAGCAGUAGAAACACCUGCAGGCACACCUGUAGAGAAAGCAGUGGAAACACCUGCAGGCACACCUGUAGAGAAAGCACUGGAAACACCUGCAGCCACACCUGUAGAGAAAGCAGUGGAAACACCUGCAGGCACACCUGUAGAGAAAGCACUGGAAACACCUGCAGCCACACCUGUAGAGAAAGCAGUAGAAACACCUGCAGGCACACCUGUAGAGAAAGCAGUGGAAACACCUGCAGGCACACCUGUAGAGAAAGCAUUGGAAACACCUGCAGCCACACCUGUAGAGAAAGCACUGGAAACACAUGCAGAAACACCUGUAAAGAAAGCACUGGAAACUACUGCAGCCACACCUGUAGAGAAAGCACUGGAGACAACUGCAGCAACACCUGUAGAGAAAGCACUGGAAACACAUGGAGAAACACCUGUAAAGAAAGCACUGGAAACACCUGCAGCCACACCUGAAGAGAAAGCAGUGGAAACACCUGUAGAAACACCUGUAGAGAAAGCAGUGGAAACACCUGCAGAAGUGGAGACGUGUCUUGUCUCGUGUGUACAUGAAUCGUUGAACGUAUCUUUAAGUGAAACUCGAUUGAGUGUGAAAGACAAGCCUAUGUGUUGCUUCUGCCACCAAACCAUAGAUGGGAAUGUGAAAAUUACCAUUGACAAUGAUGAAACUUGCCAUCCAGAAUGUUUCAAGUGUGACCAUUGCAAAACGCCUCUGGGUGAUUUAUUGUGCACCAUGUACAACCAUUGUGGAAAAGUCAUCUGCCAGAGAUGCUUUGGGGAUGUCUAGAUUAGAUAAUACAUCUCCAAGGCAACCGACCCAUCACCACAACCAGUCACGGAUGUAGACAUGACAAUCAAGCACUCCUCUCACAUCACUACUGAGUUUGAAAAUACAGUACAAAAGUUUAAAAUAAUAGAUUCACUCUUCAGUAAAAAUUGCUGUCAUAGGGGUAUUUUGCGUAUAAAUAUAAUAUAGUGUACUACAUAUGUUUAUCAUUGUGUGUAUUUAAUGUCCCUGUCUUGUAAACAGAUUUGCUAAAUAUUUCUUAUCUUUUAUAGUUUACAAUUUCACUUUCUCUUAAAUGUGAACGCUGACAUGUGAAAUGAAGUAAAUAGACAGAUUUCACACCGCUCCCAUGUUGAAAUCGAAAGCAUUUUAAAGAUGAUAACAUGACUCACAUUGAAAUUAAACAUUUGAACAAUG